AAGAAGAAGAAAAAGAAAAAGAAGAAGAAGAAGAAGAAGAAGAAGAAGAAGAAGAAGAUGAUGAUGAUGAUGAUGAUGAUGAUGAUGAUGAAGAUGAAGAUGAAGAUGAUUUCCCAUAAUCGCUUGAAGGCAGUGCAAUGUUCAUUGCGCCACCUGGCGGGUGUACAGUGUAUCGACCUGAUGGUGGCUACCUUGACACACCGGACACAGCUGUGGGAAAUUAAACAACCCUUUACACUGUCUGUGGAGAGUCAACGUUUCAGCAGCUGCAGUUGUUUUUCAGUUCGUAAGGUUUGUGUUCUGACGUCACAGUAUUGUUCUUCUGCUGGUCAUGGCUUUGUGCCGCAGCUGAAGCUAAACAACGUCCGGCUAAUGUUGCUAAAAGCUUGUGUCCUGAGAGUUGUAGCCCUGCAUUCCAAAAAGGAAGACCAGUAUUUCACCAUGAGCUCAGACGAUGGUGACUUGGAGAACCAGGCUGAACUGGAAGAGAAGACAAGACUCAUUAACCAGGUGCUGGAGCUUCAGCACACUUUAGAGGACCUGUCUGCCCGGGUGGAUGCUGUCAAAGAGGAGAACCUGAAACUGAAGUCGGAGAACCAGGUUCUGGGCCAGUACAUUGAAAACCUCAUGUCUGCCUCCAGUGUCUUCCAGACCACUGACACCAAGACCAAACGAAAGUAAGAAACCCCCCACUCUGCCCGCCCUCAGCCCCUAACCUGAACCCAACACCUGAUCCAGCCUGAAGACUGGACUCUGAUAUCAGCAUCAUGAACCCUGAAUUACUGCUGAAGCCUGAAACAUGUUCCUGGUUCUGUCUGUGUGGGUGUUUGUCCUGACCUCCAUUUGAGGAUAUUGCAUUUAUCAAACGUGUUCAGAAAACAAAAGAAAUCCCCAACUAAGCCUGUUGUUUUAAUCAAGGAAAGUCAGUCUGAAAACAAAGACCCAGCAUUCAGCAGAGAAGCUUCGCUUUACUCUGUGAUCUGUGAAUACUGUAAAACUCCUUCUUGCAUCUGUAUGCAAAUAUUUAAUCAGUCCCAGGACCCUGAGGACUCCUUCUGAGCAACAAAAAACCUGAACUCAAUACCCACUUCCACCAGUUACAAACCUCCAGUGGUGAAGUGGUAUACAAGAGUAUAAGCUCUUGUAUUUUGAAGCACAUUAUAUGUAAACUGUGGUUGUUGGUUAAAACUGGACUGAUGCUUGAACUACUGUUAGCACGAUCUAUAUUAUAUUAUAGUAGUAACACCUAGUGUUGAUCAUAGAACAGAUCAGACCACUAUAGGCCGACAGCUCACUGUUAGCCGACAGGGAGGUUUUCCAUACAUGAGCAGCAGUUAAUGACACAAAUCAACUGAAAAAACAAUAAAAAGACAAAUCUGAUCUUUAGUCAAAAAAAAAAAACUCUUCCCUUUCUCUUUGCUCUCUCCAUAACAAUGUUAACAAACUGCAAAAAAUGAGCCAUGUUUUCCUGUUACUCGUUGGGUGCUACAGGUCAGCACAUGUGUCAUUGAUUGUUUCCACGGUAACAUUGGUCUUAGACCUAAAUUAGUCUGGGGUAAGGUUUCGAAUGUUUUUCUUUUAAAAUGAGUCUGUCAUUAUUUAAUGAAACAGCUUGACUAACAUUAGACUGAUCUAUGAGCAACAUUAACACUUCAGACUUGUUAUCAGUUGUUCAUUGGUCGACAGGUUUGUCUGGACCCUGUGAUUAGGCUAAGGCUGAUAUUUGAUAAUAUCAAUUUACAAUAUUUACCAACAUAUGCCACAUUUUUCAUAAUAUUGAAACAUUUAAUUGUUUAAUACAUUAUUUUUGGCAGUUUUGCCCGCUGCAGAGUCUGACCUUCAUCUCUCUGCUUUUCUUACUGUACAUUGAUCCUUGUCUUGUGACAAAUAAAACUGAGCUGCUGUUUAGAGGUUGCAUCACUUAUACCUGAAUCAUUAAAUACAAUAAUAUGUUUGUAUUAUUAUAGUGAUAUUUGGUCUGGACUGAAUCAGUAUAUUAAAGUUUGGAUGAUGUAACUGUUCUUCUUCCUCUCCACCCCACCACCCUGUUCAGGUUUUUAGUGUUGCAAUAAGGGCUGAACAAUCAAUGGAAAUAUUAUCAGGUCAAUAUUCAAAUCACAGCAGCUGCAGUUUUUUCUGAUAGAGGUAAAAUGUGUCAGACCGUGAAUGAAGUGUGAUGGUGUUACGGAGACACCCUGGUCUACAGAUCAGAUUCUUCAUAUAUAAAGGAGCAUAAAUCACAACAUCAUCAUUUUUGUUUUCUUCAGUGAAAAUGAAAACUGUCUGAACUCUCUAUGAUUUUUAUUUCAUUUUUUUUGCAUAUUGUUGAGCCCUAGUUGAAAUGUUGAUGUUGAACUUCUCAGUGUUUGCAGGUGGGAAGCUGGUAAGGGAUCAUGUCUGUCACUGCACAACCCCACUGUGAAACAAAAAGCCUUUUAGUUUGUCAUUAGUCAGUAUAGGUUCAGUUGAUGAAGGACUUUGUGUUUUUAUUGUUACUUCAUUAGGAAACUACUUAGUCUUUGUCAUUUCAGCACGUCACUUUUUUUUUUGUUAAUGCCGAUUUGUUGCUGCUUCCUGCCGUUUGGAGUAAAAGAUUUAAACAGUGAGUGUGACGGUUCAGAGCUGAGACCAUGACGUGGGUCUGGACUCAUAAUCUUGUGUAUGUGUUCACUGUUAAACUGGUCCCUCAAUGAAGCAGCCACAGACGUAUGGUGUAUUUUCUGAGUAAAUGUUUAAGCCAUGAACUCUACCUGUUGCAUUUGUAUGUUAUUAAUGUGUGAUUGUGUUUUCUUUGCUCAUUUGACAUGGUUUAAUAAAGUGAUGAUUGUUUUUGAUGAGA